AUGUCGUCGCCUUCCAAGCCCCAUGCGCAUGGAGAACAUACGGCACACAACACCGCCUCGAAUGCAGUCGAGGCUUUGCCCACCAUGCCCCAUGCGCAUGAGAAGCAUCGCCAGAGCUGCGACGAUGGUCACCUAGCAAAGCUGCAGAAAUUCCUGGCAAAAGUUGACCAGAAUCCAAAGCGGUUGGAGAAGAUGAUUGCAGCACGCCGGAAAUGCGAUGGGCUUGCAACCCCUGACAGCGCAACUUCAAGAGACACCAGUACGGGUGAAUUUUUGUUGGGUGACGACGGGGCUGUGGACGGACCAACACUUGCCACCCGGCAUGUUUGCAAGAACCGGGCGUGCAAUCGACGCACUGUCAGCCUUUGA